AAAUUGUACCUAGGAUGCUGCAGUGAUUUUGUUAAUGCUUUUCCCAUUGGUCUUUCCCUCCUCCACAAGAGCACGGACCCCAACCACCUACGUUACUGUCCAGAUUGCCGGACACAGAAGCUGUGCCAUAAAUACUUCUUACAGGACGAUCCCAAGAAGGUGGCGCUGCUGCCGGAUGGGAGUGCCUGGGCACGCGCACCAUGUCAUCAUGCGUCUCUAGCCAGCCCAGCAGCGACCCGGCCGCCCUCCAGGAUGAGCUGGGGGGCGGCGGCGACAGGGAAGGCCAGAAGCCCUGUGAAGCCCUGCAGGGCCUCUCGUCCCUGAGCAUCCGCUUGGGCAUGGAGUCCUUCAUCGUGGUCACCGAGUGUGAGCCGGGCUGCGUGGCGGACUGCGGCCUGGCCCGGGACCGGCCCCUGGAGGCCCACGGCCGAGAUGGGCCCCUCGACGCCUCCGGCUCCGGGCCCGACGCCCGGCCCCAGCUGUGCAGUCGCAAGCUCUCUCUGCAGGAGCGGUCCCAGCUGGAUGCGAACGGACGCUGCGUCUACGCGGCCCUGCCCCACUCACCGGUGGGCUCCCCGCAGUCGUCGCCGCGGCUGCCCCGGCGGCCCACGGUGGAGUCCCACCACGUCUCCAUCACCGGCAUGCAGGAUUGUGUACAGCUGAAUCAGUACACGCUGAAGGAUGAAAUUGGAAAGGGCUCCUAUGGCGUGGUCAAGUUGGCCUACAAUGAAAAUGACAAUACCUAUUACGCGAUGAAGGUGCUGUCCAAAAAGAAGCUGAUCCGACAGGCGGGCUUUCCACGUCGCCCCCCACCCCGAGGCACCCGGCCAGCCCCCGGAGGCUGCAUCCAGCCUAGGGGCCCCAUUGAGCAGGUGUACCAGGAAAUCGCCAUCCUCAAGAAGCUAGACCACCCCAAUGUGGUGAAGCUGGUGGAGGUCCUGGAUGACCCCAAUGAGGACCAUCUGUACAUGGUGUUUGAACUGGUCAACCAAGGGCCAGUGAUGGAAGUGCCCACCCUCAAACCACUCUCCGAAGACCAGGCCCGUUUCUACUUCCAGGACCUGAUCAAAGGCAUAGAGUACCUACACUACCAGAAGAUCAUCCACCGGGACAUCAAACCUUCCAACCUGCUCGUGGGAGAAGAUGGCCACAUCAAGAUUGCCGACUUCGGUGUGAGCAACGAGUUCAAGGGUAGCGAUGCGCUCCUUUCUAACACCGUGGGCACACCUGCCUUCAUGGCGCCGGAGUCACUCUCGGAGACCCGGAAGAUCUUCUCUGGGAAGGCUUUGGAUGUUUGGGCCAUGGGCGUGACGCUGUACUGCUUUGUGUUUGGCCAGUGCCCGUUCAUGGACGAGCGGAUCAUGUGUUUACACAGUAAGAUCAAGAGUCAGGCCCUGGAGUUUCCAGAUCAGCCUGAUAUAGCUGAGGACUUGAAGGACCUAAUCACCCGCAUGUUGGACAAGAACCCGGAAUCAAGGAUCGUGGUGCCAGAAAUCAAGCUGCACCCCUGGGUCACGAGGCAUGGGGCGGAGCCGUUGCCAUCGGAGGACGAGAACUGCACGCUGGUCGAGGUGACUGAAGAGGAGGUCGAGAAUUCGGUCAAACACAUUCCCAGCCUGGCAACCGUGAUCCUGGUGAAGACCAUGAUACGGAAACGCUCCUUCGGGAACCCGUUUGAGGGCAGCCGGCGGGAGGAGCGCUCAUUGUCGGCACCUGGAAACCUGCUCACCAAAAAACCAACCAGGGAGUGUGAGCCCCUGUCUGAGCCCAAGGAAGCAAGGCAGCGAAGACAGCCUCCGGGGCCCCGACCCACCCCCCGUGGGGGAGGAGGAAGUGCUCUUGUGAAAGGCGGUCCCCGCGCCGAGAGUUGGGGGGCCCCGGCCCCCGGCCCCUGCGCUCGCAUGCAUCCUCUGCGGCCCGACCAGGCGAUGGAGUAGCUGCCCGGACGCGCGACCUCGCAUGCAGGCUGCACCCUGCGUUUCCAUAGCAGCAUGUCCUACGGAAACCCAGCACGUGUGUCGAGCCUUGACCGUCAUCUCUGGUGUUUUUGUUUUGUUUGUUUUUCUUCCUUUGUUGUUUUAAAGGGGACAAAAAAAAAGAGACUUGACUCCAUGACAUCGACCUUGGCCGCUGGCUGGCUGAACGGGCAGGUGUGAGG